UCUUGUUUGUGUUUUACGUCCCUUAGUUGUUACUUUAAAUAACUUAUAUUGUAACGUUUUGCAAUCUCUUUUUUAUUUGGCAUAAAUGUUUGCCUUAAUGAGACAGGGAGUGUCAUGUGCAACUCCCAGUCUUUUUGACAGCUGGCGGGUUCGACAUGUUGCCCGUGGGCAUCUAGUUUUCUCAAAAAUAUUGUCAAAGCAUUACAUUGAUGUAUCUGUGUGUAACUCUAUGGGAAAUUAAUUGUACUUUAAGGCCACUUUCAUGAAGACUGCAAAUAUCUAUACUAGAAUGUCCAUCAUUUUCUCUAUCUGCUUUCCUGUCAACAGUAAUAACUUGAAAUAAGGUACUAUCUGUUAACAAAGAGUCCAAAGGGUGAUCUUAAUAAACAGGUUACAUAAUUAUGUAUAUAGCAGGCAGCUCUAUUCUUCCCAGGUUUGUAAAGACUAUUUUAAUUAUGAUUAAUGAAAAAAUAGUGUUUAUAUAUUCACAUUAGGAGAGAGCCUUAUAAUAAAAGAGAUUUUAACAGAAUAAGUUAUAGUUCGCGUUACUGAUAAUGUCAAUCAUUAUUAACCCCAGCUGUUACAGAUUAUUGAAAAGAUAUAAGUUGUUAUUUGAGACUGUAGCAGGAAGUUAAACUAUGAUCUUGUAACUUAAGUACCAAAAUUUUGAGUGUUAUGACAUUAAUUUUGUAUAUACUUUUGUCGCAGUUUAUUGACUAUAUAUAAUUAUCUAUAUGACGGCGUGUGAAUUUUACUUAGACACCGGGGAUUUCCAUUCAUAUUUUCAUUAUUCAGAUAUAAAUCUGCAAUUACUUUUUCCCUGGAAGUUGGAAGGUGUAAUUAAUGCUUUUUUCGUUCAUUUUACUUUGUCAGAUUAAAAAGUGGACUCUAUGCAAUGUCAAAAAAGAACUUACUGUAAACAGAAAGGAACUGUUGUGCAUUUUUCAUUGGAAAUCCCCUUAAAAUUAAUUGGAAUUUUGAGUUUUUUAGCAGGGACAAAAAUGCCUGGAGACAGAGAUGGAAUACAAGAGCUGAGAGUCAGCGAGGCAGUGACAUCAUUGAAUGAGCAAAGCAUAGUAAUGGUAACAGAGAUAGACGAACAUUGUGAACCUUUAGAUGAGGAGGAGGUGGCUGAUUUGGUGCCUACUACAGCAACAGCAUUUAUUAACAUUGAAGGAGAAGGUCAACCAUCAACCAGUGACAAUGUCAGCAUGUGUGGUUACAUUGGGGAGAGAACAGUAACUGUUGGUGAACAGUUACCAGAUAUCAUACAGCCUGCUAACAGUGUAAAUGAUGACAUUCCUUCCGCAGGAUGUGAAGGUCUUCGUAAAAAGGCAAGAACUUAAUGCUUGUAUUGUUAAGUCUUCAAUAACUUUAUGCAUGUAUAGUUUAGAUUGCAUUAGGUUAAUGCAUAAUAAUCAACACUUAAAGAAUUAUAUAUGUGUUAAGUCUAGCAGACUUCAAGAACCUUAUACAUAUUUAGCCUAGACUGCAAGAACUUUAUGCAUAUUUAGUCUAGACUGCAAGAACUUUAUGCAUAUAUAAUUACAGCUAUUACUCAAUUAAUAGAUUUGCGCGUUUCUGGUCAGCACACGUGACCAACUUUCAUUUCUCAGUGAAGCCAUCAUGUAUUCAUUAGAUCUGAUUAAUAUUCAUAAAGCUUGCAUUUCAGUAAAAAAGGUUGCUUUUUUUCAGA